AUGGAAGAACGUACUGAACUACGCCACGACUUACAUGAAUUGCGAAGUUUGCGUUCCAUUGCAUCACGUAAAAUGACGAAAAGUAUGCUAGAUGAAAAGAUCACGGAAAUUGAAGGCAAGAUAAAAGCACUAGAAGCAACGAAUAAUAUUGGUGGAUGUGGUGAUGUACCGGUUUUGAAACAAUCGAGGACGGAAGUUGCAUCUUCGAAUACUGUACCGUUGGCAACAGUGAAAAUUACUAAUUAUGCUUGGGAUCAAAGUGACAAAUAUGUGAAGCUUUACCUUACUAUUCCAGACAUACAUACUGUUCCGGAAGAACAAAUUACAGUCAACUUUACAGAAAAUGAGGUGCAUGUUAAUGCUCAUGAUGUAUCUUCAAAAAAUUACUCUUUAAUAAUAAAGGGUUUAUUGAAAACAAUCAACCCAUCCGGCUCUUCUUUCAAGCAAAAAACGAACCUUCUGUUGAUCAUGAUGCGAAAAAGUGAUGAGGAAAAUUGGAAGUAUUUGACGAAAGCGGAAAUGCAGAGCAAAGAAAAGAGUACACCAAAACUUGAUCAAAAAGCAGAUCCACAAGAAUCACUGAUGAAUUUGAUGAAGCAACUGUAUGAUGAAGGAGACGAUGACAUGAAAAGGACAAUUUGUAAAGCAUGGCAUGAAAGCCAGACAAAAAAGAAUUUAAACCCAGAUGAACCAUUGUAA